AUGCUACCCCGCAGCAUCAUUGAUGCAUACACGCCUUUAAUUCAUGAUGACAUUCUUCUUCAACAGAUCCAAACAGGAUCUUUAGAAAUUCCCAAGCUUAAACAAGCAGAUUUGAUCAAUUUAAUUUCGCAAGUGACUGAAAUUUUCAAAAUGGAACAAACAUUAAUGUAUCUAGAAGGUGAUUAUACAAUUGUUGGAGACUUGCAUGGUAAUCUCCGCGAUUUACUUCGGAUUCUGGCUUACGCAGGAAAUCCAUUGUCAUCUGGCUAUAUAUUUCUCGGUGAUUACGUCGAUCGCGGUGAGUUUUCUAUCGAAAUUAUAACUCUCCUUUUCAGUUUCAAAUUGGCUUACCCUACAAAAGUUUUUCUUUUACGAGGAAAUCAUGAAUUUGCAAGUCUCAACAAAGAUUACGGCUUCAAGAAACAAUGUUCUAAAGAAUAUGGCGAUUACGUGUAUGAUUGCUUUAAUGAAGCAUUUGCAUACCUUCCUCUGGCUGCAAUUUUAAAUAAACACUUUUUCUUAGUUCAUGGUGGACUAGCUCCUAAACUCGAAAAAGUAGAACAAAUAUCACAAAUGAAGCGACCAAUCUUCUCAAUGGAUUUAGAAGGAAAUGAAGGUAAUGUUCUUACAGGUAUGAUGUGGUCUGAUCCUUCAGAAGAAAUAUCAUACUUCUCAGAUAACAUUCGUGGUGUUGGUUUUUACUAUGGAGACCAAGCCGUUCAAGACUUUCUCGGAAGAAAUAAUUUGAAAGUAAUUAUUCGUGCUCACGAAUGUGUUGAUGGAUUAAGACAAAAGUUCAAUGGAAACGUUAUAACAGUGUUUUCAUCCUCUUGUUAUAAUAGCAUUCUAUUGAACACUUCCGGCAUUUUGCAGAUUACUAAUUCGAACAAAAUUAAUAGCUAUAUUUUCAACGCAGUUGAGCAGUGGCAUAAAAAGGAAAUGAAAUGGAAGAGUAUUGAAGUCGACAUAACAAUUCCACUUUGUCAAAGGGUCAUCAAACCAAGAUCAACUACGUCAAGACCAAGAUGUCGAAAGAUUUCAUGCCUCGUUAAGAACUAUAAGCCUUUUAUUAUAUAG